GAGGGAGCUAACCAACCAACCACCCCCCUCAUUAACAAAGCACCCAACCCUCCAACCUUGAGAAGGUGAGAGCUCAGCUGGUAGAAGAGAAGAGAAGAGAAGAGAAGAGCAGGAAAGGGAGAUCAUCAUCAGGCUCUGAAGAAACGGAGAAAAAGUAACUAACCGGUGGUUCUUGCCUCACGCCGGUGGCCAUGGCCACCGUCGGGCCGCCUGGCGCCUUCCGGAGGAUCACCGUGCACUACAGCACCGCCGGCGACGAUGCGAACCACGAUGACUUCCUCGAGUAUGUGAUCGGCGAUGUUCUCCAACACCAGGACGGCCUGCACCAGUCCUGGAGCACACAUUGCUGCCAUGGGGAGAGCAGCAGAGGCACAGCAGCAGAAACCUCCGGAACUUCAGAUGAACAGAUCGCGGCCGACCUCAAAUACGCCAGGAUGCUGCAGGAUAUGGAGGAUCUGGAUGUGGACACGCCUCCCAACGACGAUGAGGAAGACGAUAUAAGCUGUGUGCCUUCCCCAUCCGACACCGAUGACGAUGAUGAUCGCGGCGACGAAGAGGAGGCUGCUAGGCAGGAUGAUGAUGACAACGACAUCGAUGUUGAUCCGGACAACAUGACAUAUGAGGAAAGGCAGGAACUAGUGGAAUCAGUGGGAAAUGAGAGCAGAGGUUUGUCUGAUGAGCUCAUGUCAUAUUUGGUGCCAUGGAAGUACAAGUCAGGAUCAGGGUUCUUUUCAAAGAAGACAAACAAUGAUGAGACUUGCACUGUGUGUCUGUCAGCUUUCAAAAACAGGGAGAACAUCAUAACCUUGCCCUGCAAACAUAAUUACCAUGCAACUUGCAUCACCAAGUGGCUCAAGAUCGACAAGACCUGCCCAGUUUGCAAAUAUGAAGUGUUUGGACCCUCCUAACACGUCAUCAGCUGCCAAUCGAAGCUCACAAGGCGGCGACACGUCAUCAUGCUGCUCGCUUGCCGCAUCUACUCAUUCAGUACAAAAGAAAGAAAAGAAGAAAAAAAAACAGAUACUUAGUUGGAUUUCACUGUCAGAAAAAAAGGAAAAAAAACAAAAAAAAAACACAGAUUCUAGUUUAAGUUCAAAAGCAGAUACUUAGUUGGAUUUCACUGUCAAAGGUAGAGAAAAGAAAGGAAAAAAAAAACAGAUUUUUAGUUUAAGUUCACUGUCCCAAAGGGUGUCUCCCCCACUGUAAUUUUUGGCAUGUGCAAGUGUCCUGAUAUAUAUACAUCAACUUUUUCCUGUC